UUGAAAGACGCGCGAAGUGUUUGUUUCGCUUAUCAAAAAUAUAGCGAGUCACUGUACAUUGUGAUUUCUAUCAAAUAACAUCUAUCAAAGUCUUUUCUAAUUUGUGUGCUAUUAACUACGUAUGUCUUCAUGUGUGAUAUUGAUAUUAACUGAACAAUAAUAUUUAGAAAUUGUUUCGCCGAUUCCAAAAAAAACUAGCAACAGCUGGACAUCAGUAAUUUCUUAGUUACGUAAUUAAUCCAGAAAUUAUGGAAUUUUCAACUUUACUUCUGACUGUUCUCACGGCGGUUGUUUGUUUAUAUUAUUUUGUUCUAAGCAAGCUAUCUUAUUUUGAACGACUGAAAAUUCCGCAUUUUCGGCCAAUUCCGUUAUUGGGUAACAUGGCACCCUUCAUUUUACGACGUGUAACCAUGGCGGACAACUUACUCAACAUCUACAAUUUAUUUCCUGACACAAAGUAUUUCGGUUUUUUCGAAUUUAUGCAGCCGAUAUACGUGAUCCGUGAUCCGAACCUGAUCAAUUCAAUCGCCAUUAAAAACUUCGAUUAUUUUUGUGAUCAUAAGGGCUUUAUUAACGAGGAGCUUGAACCAAUGGCCAGCAGAAAUUUAUUCGCUCUGCGGGGCGAUCACUGGCGUGAAAUGCGGAAGCUUCUUAGUCCGAGCUUCACGUCCAGUAAAAUGAAAGCAAUGUUCGAACUAAUGUGUCAGUGCGCAAAGAACUUCACCGAUUUUUUAAUUGCUGAAUCUGGAAACACGGGCAAGACAUACGACAUGGAAGAUAUGAUGCCCAGAUAUUCUAAUGAUGUGGUUGCUACGUGCGCUUUUGGUAUCAGUGUGGAUUCUUUCAAGCAUCCGAAUAAUGAAUUUUAUCUGCUCGGCAAGAAAGCUAUGAAUUUUGCUAGUCCUCGAGUAAUGUUCGCAUUUCUCAUGCAUAGAAACUUUCCAAAAAUUGCAAAUUUCUUUAGAAUAAGAAUCUUCAGCACAGAAGUGGACAAAUUUUUUAAGGAUGUUGUCACUAGUACAGUGAAAGCCAGGGACGAGCAAGGGAUUGUUCGUCCGGACAUGAUUCAAUUGAUGAUGGAAGCUAGAAAUAAUGACCAUGGACCAAUAUUUGACAUCGACGAGAUGACCGCUCAAGCAUUCGUUUUUUUUUUGGCUGGAUUUGAUACCGUGUCAAAAGCAAUGUGCUUUGCGGUACAUGAAGUCGCUGUUAAUCCUGACAUACAGAGCAAGUUGAGAGAAGAAAUCGAAGAUGUUCUCAGAGAAACCAAUAACAAACCCACAUACGAGGCUAUCAACGGCAUGAAGUAUUUAGAUGCCGUUGUGAACGAAACUCUGAGACUUUAUCCUCCAGCGGUUUUUGCCGAUAGAGUAUGCGUUAAGGAAUUCGAAUUGCCACCAGUAACACCGGAUGAAAAACCGAUCACACUUAAGCCGGGAGAUAAUAUUUGGUUUCCGGUUUACGCUCUGCAUCACGAUUCGCAGUAUUAUUCUCAGCCGAAGAAAUUUGAUCCAGAUAGGUUCCUGAAUGGCGAAGUGGAUAAUUCCGUUUACUUGACAUUCGGUAUCGGUCCUAGGAACUGCAUAGGUAACAGAUUUGCCCUAAUGGAAGCAAAAAUUAUGCUGUUUUAUAUGUUAUGGCAUUGCAAUCUUGAACCUGACGCUAAGACCAGAAAUCCUAUCGUUCUGGAUAAAAAAGCGCUCGCCAUGACGUCGGAAAAUGGUUUCUGGUUAAAAGUGCGGGCGAGGAAGUCGUCGGUUUCUACCGAGUAAUGCUUGUCGAAUGGACAAAAAAUUUAAAACAUUUAUAACAUAUGAUAAUGUAUUCUAUACUAUAUCAAUUCAAACAAAACUAUGUAAAUUCUUACGUCCAUAUAAUGUAUAGCAUUAUUUUGUAACUGAAUUGAAAAUUGCGCAUGUGAUAUAUUGCGCUACUUUAUAAAAAGUUUAUAAAAAGUUUCACAAAUAUUUUAAUCUUGAAUAAAUAUAUGAUAAAGUAAAAUAAUA